AUCCCCUUUCUUUCUCUAACAAACACACCCUCACCAACCCUAGAUUCUCCUAAACGGAGAAACCCUAUUAGAGCCACCAUCACCAUCUCCCCUUUCAUUCUGCUCUGCUCCUCGCGUCGCCAGAAGCUAAGGUCGGUUCGGGGCUGUUGUUGGCAUCGCCGUUUUUCUGUCCGAGCUCUCUUUGUCGCUGCUUCUUUGCUCUUCACCGUUGGUCGUUGCCGCUUCUCCACUCCUCGCCGUGGGUCAUCACUGCUUCUCCCCUCCUUGCCGUGUCGUUUCUUCUUCUCACCUCCUCGUCGUUUUUGGCUGUGGCCCCUUCUCGUCUCCCCGCCAGUCUUGUCGUCGCUGCCUCUCUGCUCCGCACCGUGUCUCACUGUCGUCGCUUCUCUGUUUCACGUUACCAAAAUUCCCAAUUUGAAUUUCUCUAUCUCGCUGGCUCUAUGCUGUCUUUUCCUCUCCUUCACUGGCAAUCCAGAUAACGAGCUGUGUCGUCGUCGUAGGAAGCUCCCUCGCCGUCGUGUGGAAGCUCUGUGGCCAUCGUUGUCUCCUCUGUUCGAGCUCUCUCUCUGUGUGUUCGCCGGUGUCGCCGUCUCCUCUGUCGUCGCCGUCACUCCCCUUCCUCCUCGCCGCCAAUUUCUGGUUGCAGAGUGUUACAUUGAAAUGGGUUGGAAAGCUGCAGAGAAACUUAUUAGACACUGGAAAAUUGUCAGAGGUGACAAUGUUAUGAUCAUAAGGGGUAAAGAUAAGGGUGAGUCUGGGGUCAUUAAACGUGUUAUUCGUUCCCAGAAUCGUGUUAUUGUCGAGGGUAAAAAUUUGGUAAAGAAACAUAUAAAGGCAGGGCCAGGUCAUGAAGGGGGGAUCUUUACAGUUGAAGCCCCACUUCAUGCCUCCAAUGUGCAAGUCGUUGACCCAGUUACAGGGAAGCCUUGCAAGGUUGGGAUUAAAUAUCUUGAAGAUGGUACUAAAGUCAGAGUAUCCAGAGGAAUAGGAACAUCUGGGUCCAUAAUCCCUCGACCUGAGAUCCUCAAGAUAAGAACUACACCAAGACCUACACAACGAUAGAAAUACAGAAAACCAUGAGAGUGUGUGUGGUUGGAGGAAUUAUAAUAAUUCCUAGGAAUUUUAAGAUAGGAAUAUCAUAUUCCCAUGUUUAGUUCAAAGUUUGAAAAACUAUUUCUAAGCAAGUUUGAUUCCAGGGAAUCAAAAUACUAUCAUUUCAAUUCCCACCUUCCCCUUGGGUAUCUUUAAUUCCCAUGGGAAUGGAAUCUUUAUAAUAAUGUAAUACUUGAACCACACACAUCCUGAGGGACACAAAAUUGUUAGAGAAGACAUAGGUACAAAAGCAAGCAAAAUGCCUCUAUCCUAGGAAAGGUUUCCUCUGUACUUUCUGCCCAAAAUAUGGGGACUGUGGGGGAAAUAUUCUCUAUCUUUACUGUCUCGUUGUCUUUGUAUAUGUAUCUUGGCAGUUGACAUAGCUACCAAAAACAGGGCUAAAUGUUCCUGUUACAAGGCCAAUCUCUUCAGUUACUCUUUAGCUAUUCUUCAACCUAGUUUUGUUUGUACCUCUUACUUCCAAUGCGGUGUUAAACUUAAAAAUAGUGUUUGGAAACAGGGGGCUGGAACUGAAACUAGGAGAUUGAGACUCAGUAUUGUGUUUGAUAGCAGAGAUUGGAACUAAAAUUUCAGUCUUGGAACACAAUUUCUGUCCCUCCAGAAGGUGGGGGACACAUGGGAUUGAAAUUUCUAGAGACAGAGAUUGAAACUUCAAUAACAUUUAUUUCCAAAAAUACCCUCACCUACUUUUCAAAUUCCACUAUCUCACUCGCUCCAAUUUCUCUCGCCCUCUCCAUUCUGCAUUCUCUCUCUUCCAUUAUGCUAAGUGUCAACUGUAAGUUCCACCGCCGCCGACGAAGUAUUCUCUUUAGUUUUUCUUUUUCUCCUUUU